AUGGAUCGAGGAAUGAACGAUUUCAGUUUGUCCCCCAUGGGUCAGAUUGACAGCAUUUCAAGCCGUCCGAAUCUUUUCCAGCCACGUCUAGCCGAUGUGUGCGAUGAAACUUCGCCUCUGAAACGAUUCCUGAGAGCCCGCGAAGAACUAUAUAUUGGUGAAUUGAUUGAUGCCGCCAAGUGUGGGCUUAUCUGCAAUGUGGAUGAACUCAUCUUACCCUUCCAGAAGGUCAUCCAGGCCAGGGAUCAGGCCGUUCGUGGCUAUAUUUACCAAACGAGAAUGGAGGACAUUCACGACUUUGUAGCGCUGCGGACCAAGGAGGAGGAAGAAAGGCAAACUGAGCUCAACAGAGCCACCAUAAUAAUUCCGGGCCAGACAUAUAUGGAUCAGUUCUUCCCUAAACUCGAGCGGGAGAAGCCUGAACCUCCCAAAAAUGUCCCCCAAAGACAAACUACACUGGAGGAGACUUUGAAAUUUCGGAAGUUGGUCAAUCACGAAACACUCUUUUCCAUCAAUGAGGAAGACUACUUCCAGCGCACACCGGAGCGUGUGGUGUCAAAGGACCCAGUACAUGAUAUGGGUUCUGGUGGGCCAGCCUUCUUGGCCAUUCUGAUUGCGCCCUUCCCGUUCACAAAUCGGUGA